CAACUCCUCUCUAACAGGUUCCUCUUCCAUCAUCCAUGGGGGUGCUAGCGAUAGCCAACACGUUUCCAGCGAUCCACAGCCAUCAAACAUCACGUUCCAUAAACCAGCAGACGACAGUCAACCCCCGCUCCUCCCGCCAAAUGAACCAGAAACUACUGCAUCCAUACAGGAAGCCCGAACUCCGACGCCAAGUAGCGCGCCAAAAGUGACGCCCACGCAAAUUUUACCGCCAUUACUACUGUCAAAAACCAUGACGUCACAGCCAUCAAAGUAUGUACACCGCGCCAAGUCGCCAUCUUUCCUGCCAAAAAUGACAGCAUUACAACAACCACAGCAACGUAUAAUGCCAAAAUUGCUGUCAAACGACUCCAUUGCAAAUGCAAAAGAAAAUUUGGCGCCAAUUUUGCCGCCAAAUAACACAAUCAAUAAAAUAGCAACACUAACGCCAAGCUCUGAGCAGCCUCCAGUCAUCAACCAACAACUUAAUAUAACCUAUUCUGAUCCACCAACCACACCAAUACUAAAAGAUCCCUGUUACAUCCAUAAAUUAAAAAACACAGUGAUCACUAAACACACAAACUCAAAAAGCCUCAAACGAAAAAUUUCAAUGAGCCUGCAGCAACGUAACCCCAAACGCCCCAUACACUCUCCAACUGAUAAAUUAUUUAAUAAUAAUAAUAUCACAAACCCUAUUGUAAAACUACAAGACUUUGCUAAAGUUAUCAUCAAAACUGCAAUUCAUGCAGCAAAUGACUGCAAUGAACUCAUGGACUUUGAGACACACACUAACCCAAAUGACAGUCCAGACACGGGCAGACAAAAACUAGAUGACUCAAACAAUAUACUCGUCCACACAAAUACCCAGCAUACUCAACUGCUAGACCACCCUCAAGAAGAUAUUCAGCCCAACCUGCCGCAAAGCUCAAAAAUUCCAUCCCUCUUCCUCCCAAAUGUUACCGAAAUCCAGCCACUACUAGAUACAAUAAACAAGCUACCUGGCGUUGGCAGCUACACUACCAAGGUAGCACAAGACAACGGGAUCAGAAUCCAAUGUGAAAACAUUUCCACAUACAAUGCCAUCAGUGCCCUUCUGCAAGACAAACAAAUUCACAAUCAUACCUACCAGCUACGCAAAGAUCGCGGAUACCGCAUAAUAAUACGCCAUCUCCAUUACUCCACACCAUAUGACUGGAUCCGCGACCAGCUCAAAGAACUUGGUUACGUAACUCGACAUGUAAGUGUUAUCAAACACAGAACCAGAAACGAGCCAAUGAACAUUUUUGAAGUUGAACUGGAGCCUCGAUUGGAUGGUGGACAUGAAAAAAUACUUACAUUAACUGAACUAGGACAUCAAAAUAUUGCCGUUGAAAAACAACUCAGACGCAUUGAUCCACUACAGUGUCAUCGCUGUCAAUCAUUUGGACACAGCAAAAACUACUGUCGUAGACCCUUUGUAUGCCUAAAAUGUGCAGGACCCCACGCUACCACUACGUGCGCCAAAACAAUAGACGCAGAUGCCAGAUAA